AUGGCUAAAAAAGGAAGGAGAUCAAUGGAAACAGAGAAAGUUGAUGAAGCUAAAGAAGAGCUCCAACCACGUGUAUCAGGUGUUUACAUCCGUAGCCUUGUGAAACACUUAACCACCAACGACGGUGGUGGUGGUGGUGGUGGAUCGCCGGAAAAUGAGAAACAUUAUAGUGAAAUUAAUAAUAACACCCAAAAACCACAAAAGCCCAAAAAACAAGUCAGAAGAAGACUACACACCAGUAGACCUUAUCAAGAACGACUCCUAAACAUGGCAGAAGCCAGAAGAGAAAUUGUCGCCGCUCUUAAGUUUCACAGAGCUUCCAUGAAACAACAAGAGGCCGCCGGUGGUGCCGCCACUAACCACCACCAACCGCCGCCAGUACAAGAGAAAAAACCAAAAUCCCGGCGAAUUCUCAGCCUUUAUCCUUCGACCACCACGGACGGUGGUGCCGCCACCGCUACCAAUUUGUAUUGGCCUAUCUCCGCCACUGCACCGCCACUGCCGCCAGCGUACCAUGACAACUUAAAUUUAUUUCUUCCGAGUCAAACUUUGGGAUUGAAUUUAAAUUUUCAGAAUUUUGAAAAUUUAGACACCCGUUUUUAUCAAACACCAUUGUCAUCAUCUUCAACUUCCUCUAAUCCAGUGGCUGGAAAACGGAAGGAGACGCCGGAAAAUUCCUCCGGCGGGUUGCAUCAUGCGAUGGGAGAUGAGGAGAUGGAGGAGAUACGGUCGUUGGGUGAGAAACACCAGAUUGAGUGGAAUGACACCAUUAAUUUGAUGACGUCAGCAAGGUGGUGUAGUUUCUUGAAGAAUAUGGAAAUGGAAGAUGAUGAAGGAGAUGAGUUUUAUGGAUUUGAUCAAGUUAUGAAGUUUCCACCAUGGUUGAUUAAUGGAAAUGAGAACUCUUGUUUACAAGAUCUUAAUUUUUCUGAUGCGUACAUGCAAGAUCCUCCUUUACCUUGCAUGGAUAUAGGUGAAAUUGAAGGAAUGGAUGGGGAGUGGCUAGCCUGA